UGGUUCGACCCCAAUGACAGCCCGGCGGAGCGCCGUCUAGUACAGAAGCUCGACUUUUUCAUCUUGACAUAUGCCUUUGUCGGUUUUUGGGUAUGUUCAGCCCAAGUCCAUGUCACGAGGCCAAUAUUGGCUCUAACAAGCACACAGGUUCUGUACAUUGACCGCGGUGUUCUUGCCAACGCCUACGUUAGCGGUAUGAGAGAAGAGCUCGAGCUUUUUGGAAACCAAUACAUUCAGCUUAAUGCCGUAUACAGCGCUGGAUACUGCAUCUCCAUGAUACCUGCCACACUCCUCAUCACGAAAUACAAAGCACAGCUGGUUAUUCCCGCUUGCAUGUUCAUGUGGGGUAUCUGGAGUAUCUGCUGCUUCCAGGCUAAGAGUUUCCGAGAGCUGAUUGCCUACCGCUUUUUGAUGGCCUUGUCACAGGGUCCCUACUUCUGUUCAAUUCACUAUAUCCUGGGUAGUUGGUACCGCACUGAUGAAAUCAUUCGCCGAGCUGGUAUUUUCUAUGUGUCCUCUGGCGUGGGCACCAUGACCACUGGUCUCCUCGCCGCUCGCAUCUACACCAACCUCGACGGGCACCUUGGCCACGCUGGAUGGCGAUGGAUGUAUCUCGUCGCCUCUUUCCUAACCUUUCCAGUCGCCAUUUGGGGACUGACCUCUCUCCCCGGUACUCCCAGGGAUGGCAAGCGCUGGUUCAUGACUGAACACGAGUUUGGCUUGGCCAAGGAACGCAUGGCCUUGCAAGGCCGUCUGGACCCAAAAGGAUUGAGCCUUUCCAAGGAGUCUCUCAAGCGGUUCCUCGGUCGGUGGCACUUCUGGGUCUUGGUUCCAUGGAACGUCCAGUGGACUCUUGGUUUCUUGGGCAUGAGUUCCGGCGCUCUGUGGUUGAGGGCGCAGACACAGUAUACCACGGCGCAAGUGAACAACUUUACUGCAAUCUCUCCCAGUCUCGGCAUAAUUUGGAUCAUGUCGUUCGCUUGGGUUGUGGAUAAAUUCGGCCGCAAGGCUAUCAUUCCAACUAUUGCCUUUGCCUUCCGAAAACUCUUUAUUUCGAAAAUGCAUGUUACUAAUCUUGCUCUUCCAAGGUUUGCUAUUGUCGUCAAUUACAUCGAGGUGUCGCUCUCGCCGAUCAAUUACAGCUUAGCCAACAUCGUCUGCGCAGCAGACGCUGAAGAGCGUGCCUUUGUCAUUAGCUCUAUGCUUGCAAUUUCCACUGCUUUUGGAGCGUGGGUUAGUAUCCUAUCGUUCCCAACUGUAGAGGCCCCCAGAUUCUUCAAGGGAUAC